AUGUCUACCACUGCAGCUAGUCAAAGGCUUGAGAGUAUAUUCAGACAACUGGACAGCAAGAAGAAUCUUCCACCAGACGUCGCCCCUUUUGCUAGUAAACAUGCUGAGCAAAUUCGGGACUCGAAUGGCAACAUCACCGGUAUCAAGUACAAGCUUCCACGACUCCAACCCAUUUUCAAAACCGUGGAAGAAGAACGCUAUCAUUUGAAACGUCGCCUUGCUUUAGCAUUCCGUGUCUUUGCCAAACUCGACUACAACGAGUCCUUUGCUGGACACGUCUCAGUUAGGCAAUUUAUCAAAGUAUCUGAUCUUGUAGCCGUCAAUUUGGAUGGGGAGGUCGUAUACGGUGAUCGACCGAUUAAUGCGGCUGCUUAUGCUAUCCACGCUGGAGUGCAUGAAGCCUGCCCCUGGGUGAAUGUUGUCGCCCAUAUGCAUACUCCCGCAGGCAAAGCUUGGAGUGUGUUUGGGCGUGAUUUAGACCCACUAACACAGGACUCGUGCGCACAUUACAAGAGACUUGCCAUCUUCCCUGAAUUCAACGGUGCUGUUUUCGGACGAGAUGAAGGUAUUGCGAUCGGAAAGAGGCUUAAGAGAGGAGAUCAAGGCUGCAUCCUUCAAAACCACGGUUUACUCUCUGUUGGAAUGCACACCGUGGAUGAAGCUGUCUGGUGGUUUGUGAGCAUGGAAAAGGCAUGCGAUACCCAACUCAGAGUAGAAGCCACUGGUAGAAAGCCCAUCAUGAUAAAUGAGGAAGCUGCUUUGAAACAAGCAAAGAACAACACGCCACGAUACGGGUGGUUGUGCGCUCAAUCGUAUAUGGAUGUGGCUAUUGAAGAGAACCCAGAUGUCUUUGACUGA